AUGGCUAUUGAUGGAGGACUGAAGUUUCCAAAGCUAAAGUUGUGGCAGGUUAAGCCUCUUUCUGUAUGUAGUGAGAGUUGCCAUCCAGGUUCUAGCAAGAAAAUGAAAGAGGGGGAGCCAUUUUGCUGCUAUGAUUGCACCCCAUGUCCAGAAGGGAAGUUUUCAGAGCAGGAGGACAUGAACGACUGUUCUACAUGUACGGACAAAACCUAUCCAAGCAACAGACAGGAUUUCUGUAUUCCUAAGGUCAUUACAUUUUUGUCUUACACAGAACCUUUGGGGAUCAGUUUUACCUUUUUGGUCCUUUCUUUUUCUUUGAUCACAGUUGUGGUGCUAGGAAUGUUUACGAAGCACAAUGACACUCCCAUUGUCAAGGCCAACAACCGCAAUCUCACCUACACUCUCCUUUGCUCCCUCCUGCUCUGCUUCCUCUGUGCAUUACUUUUCAUUGGCCAGCCUGGGGAGGUGACAUGUCUCCUUCGACAAACUGCUUUUGGCAUCAUCUUUUCAGGGGCUGUUUCUUGUGUGCUGGCCAAAACCAUCACAGUGCUUCUGGCUUUUAUGGCCACUAAACCUGGAUCUAGAAUGAGGAAGUGGGUGGGGAAAAGACUUGCCUACUUCUUUGUUCUUUUCUGCACCCUUCUUCAAGCAGGCAUUUGUGCUGUGUGGAUAGUAACCUCUCCCCCAUUUCCAGAUGUUGACAUGUGGUCAGUAACAGAGGAGAUUGUCCUGGAAUGUAACGAGGGUUCAAUGACUAUGUUUUAUUGUGUUUUGGGCUAUAUGGGCUUCCUGGCAAUUAUCAGUUUCAUUGUGGCUUUCCUUGCCAGGAAGUUACCUAACAGUUUCAAUGAAGCCAAAUUCAUCACUUUCAGCAUGUUGGUCUUUUGCAGUGUUUGGUUAUCCUUUCUUCCAGCCUACCUGAGCUCCAAAGGUAAAUACCUAGUUGCUGUGGAGAUCUUUUCUAUCUUGGCCUCCAGUGCUGGACUGCUGAGUUGCAUCUUUGCCCCAAAAUGUUAUAUUAUUGUGUUGAGGCCUGAGCUGAACAGCAGGGAACAGCUAAUAAGAAGGAAAGCAUGA